GAUCCCGACUUUCCUGUUUCGUGUGGGAGCUCACAGAGUUUCCUGUGUCUGAAUCGGCUUCAGGCGUCUAAUAAAGUUUGACUCCUCCUCACUCCAAAGGUCCUUCUGUCUGAAACCAGGAGCUGAGAGGAGCAGGAGAAACGCUGCCACAGAAGAGGAGGAACGAGGGAUGGGACAGCAGGAGGAGAAGAAGAAGGAGGAAGAGGAGGGAGCAGCUUCUCCUCUGGGGAAGAAACAGAAAAGCUCCAAAGAAGUUUAUUUCUCUGUCCUGCCGGAUAAAUACGAACCUCUGAUCGAGGAGGCGGAGGAGGAGAGAGAGACGCCCGAGGAGAGGAGGAAGAGGAAGGAGGAGAAGAAGAGGAAGAAGAAGAGGAAAUAUAAAAAGUACAGAAAGAACGUCGGGAAGGCGCUGCGCUUCAGCUGGAGCUGUCUGAUGAUUGGCUUACAGAACAUGGCGUCCGUUUACACCACGCCGGCCUCAGCUGUGGCCACGGUGGUGACGGUGGUUAACAGUGGAGCGGGCAGCCGGCAUGACGGGGCAGUGAAGUGACCGCUGAGGCCAGGAGGUCAGGAGGUCAGGGGCCCAGGAGGUCAGGGGCCCAGGAGGUCAGGGGCCCAUGGGGGUUCUGGCCCCUGUUCGAUAGUUUGCAUUCUAAUAAAACCUUUUGUUAUUUCACUUUUGAAAUAAUCAAACCUUAAUGUGUUUACUUUCAGUUUGUUUUAUAUUUUAAUCAUCAGUGUUGGUGACAUUUACUCUUAUUAUAUAUAUGAAUAUAUAUUUGACAUUAUAAAUUAAUAUUUUCUUAUUUUCAACUCUUUCUGAGAUUAAACAGUAUUAUAUGUUUAUUGUGUAUUUGACAUGUUAUAGUGUAUUAUAUAGUUUUUCUUUCUUUUCUGCU